AUUUCUAAAGUGUUUUUAUGUGUUUCAUGUCGACAAUUGUUUCCCCGUCCUAAGUCGAAUCCAACGAAGCAUCCCUUCCUCCUUUAUUUAAAUUACUUUUGUCCAAAGAUGUUGGUUUGAUGUCGACUGGACUCCCAAAAUGCAAGGCUGUUUUGGAUCAGUUAUGAUGGUGCUCUUGACAUUGUUACUUCCAUUGUAGAGCAUAACCUGUGUAGACAGUACAAACUCAAUUAUCCGAACUAGACGGGCGAGGAGUAUUUUGUUCGGGAAAUUGAUUUUUCGGAUAAUCGAUCCGAAAAUAUAACCAAGGACGGUAUACCGAACGUAGGAAGCAUGUUUACAUGUUCGAGAUUCUUACUCCAUUCAAUCAAUCUAUAAUAUAUACAGGCAUUGGAUAUUGUAGAUUUUUUGAUAUGUUACUAAUUAAAGUCAUGUUACAAGUUAAGGCAUAACUACAGGGUUUUACCCCGAAUAACAAUAAUAAUAUGGAGCAGAAACUUCGCGGAAGCUUUCCGUAAUUGUAAAAAGUAAAUUCCUCAAUCGCCGGUCUUGCUUAACACCGGACACUUGCUUUUCUGAUGUUGUUAUCUUAUGCCUUUUCAUCAUGAUCCAGACCCUAGAAAAUCUCCAGGGAUAUGAUAAUAACAACAAAACAUCGAUCACUUGUAAUAGAUAUGUCACCAGGAUAAAGUCAUAGAAGGAAUGAAGGAACCAGUGCUUUUCCCAUUGACCUAUUUCCAGAUGAAAGAAUUUCUGCAGAGGAUACUGCAAGUCAGCAGUGCUGGGAUAGAGAUUUAUCUACCAACUAAUGUCUUCAUAGAGUGAAAGAAAACUAAAAUCUAACUGAGAGAAUGUUUCAGAAAGUGAGCAAACGUUACAAAUGCAGCAUUUGUGGUAAAGUACUUACUACUAAAUGUAAUUUAGCUAUUCAUAGGCGCACUCAUACUGGGGAAAAGCCAUACCACUGUGAAGUGUGUGAGAAGGCAUUCUCUGUAAAAGCUUAUUUAACAGAACACAAGCGUAUACACACAGGAGAGAAGCCAUUUCACUGUGAAAUAUGUGGAAAAUCAUUUUCUGAUAAAGGUUACAUAAAGAUUCACAAACGUACUCACACUGGAGAGAAACCAUUUCAUUGUGAAAUCUGUGGCAAAGCAUUUUCACAGUUUCAUAAUGUAAGAAGUCAUCAACUCAUUCACACUGGAGAAAAACGAUACCAUUGUGAAAUCUGUGGCAAACCAUUUUCUCGACUUGGUAAUUUAUCAAGACAUAAACGUACUCACACUGGGGAGAAGCCAUAUAGGUGUGAUGAUUGUGGGAAAGCUUUUUCUAAUGUGAGUGAUUGUGAAAAACACAGAGGUGUGCACUCAAAACCUUACCACUGUGAAAUCUGUGAUAAAGCAUUUUCUGUGAAAGAAUCUUUGACAGUUCACAAACGUGUUCAUACCGGAGAGAAGCCAUAUCAUUGUGAAGUAUGUGGGAAAGGAUUUACAAGUAGUGGUACCUUAAUAAGGCAUAAACGUACUCACACAGGGGAAAAGCGACACCACUGUGAAAUCUGUGGAAAAGCAUUUCCUGAAAAAUAUGUUUUAACAUUACACAAACGGAUUCACACAGGAGAGAAACCAUAUCACUGUGAAGUUUGUGGAAAAGACUUUUCUGAUAGGUGCAGCUUAAAGAAACACAAUCGUAUUCAUACUGGAGAAAAACCACAUCACUGUGAAGUCUGUGGCAAAGCAUUUUCUCAAAAUGGGACUUUAAAAAGACACAGACGUAUUCACACAGGAGAGAAACCAUAUCACUGUUUAAUAUGUGGAAAAGAAUUUUCACAUAAGAGCAGCUUAACAGAACACACACGUAUUCAUACUGGAGAAAAGCCACACUACUGUGAAAUAUGUGGGAAAGCAUUUUCUGAAAAAUCUGUCCUAUUAGUUCAUAAACGUACUCAUACUGGAGAAAAACCAUAUCACUGUGAAGUUUGUGGGAAGGAAUUUUCCAAUAGUGGCAGCUUAAAAGGGCAUAUACGUACACACACUGGAGAGAAAGCACACCACUGUGGAAUCUGUGGCAAAACAUUUUCUAAUUUGAGGUGUUUAAUUAGACACAAUCGUACUCAUACUGGGGAAAAACCAUACAGCUGUAUUAUUUGUGGUAAAUCAUUUACUCGCAGUGAUUAUAUAUCUACUCAUAAAUGUACUGUUAAUGAUGGAGAUAAACCUUACCACUGACUUUUUCUACGAAAGUAUGUUAUAAAACCAUUUCGUUGUGAUAUUUGUAUUAAAGAAUUUAUGUAUAUGAAUGUUAUUAAAGUGCUAUAAAUGUUUAUAA